AUGGUAUGCCCACGCACGUGGUGGCUGAGCAGCAUAUACAACGGAGGCAACGCCUCUGUCGCAUCCGUCGAUGCCUUCAUGAAGCGGGGGUUUGAUAGCUUGACCGCCCAGCUACGCACAAUCGGGGAGGACUGGGACGGCAACAAGACGGUGGCUAUAGAAACCUCCUAUGAGAUGGUCGUAUGCAUACAGUUCCGCUGGGAGUGGCUGCUUUACCCGCUGGCAGUGGUGGCCGGCACCUUGAUCCUGCUGUUGGCCAUCAUAUUAACUUCUGGCUUCAUGGGGCGCAACAGAGAGGUGAUCUGGGAGGCUUCGAUCCUCCCGUUUUUACUCGAUGGCCUCGAGGAUGGGGAGAGGAAAAGUGGCAGGGAACCCAACCCCAACCGUGGGUACAGUUACGUUGGCCAGGAAAACGUAGCUGGUAUUAGCGGAUACGAUAAGGGACUUGGUCCUGGCACGACCAAAGAUGUCAAGGAAACUUAUGACAUGGGAGCCGCAACAGAUCACCUCGUGGACAACAUCUGGGUCGCGGAGGAAGCCCUUCCCGGCUUCCGCGCCUUCAUGGAGAAGUUCUACGACGAGGCCUUCAGGACCGAGAUGGAGCUCCUGUCCGCCAUCGCGAUCGCGCUCGGCGUCUCGGAGCAGCACCUCAGGUCCCUGCACAACAAGGCAGAGAACGAGUUCAGGCUCCUACACUAUCCCGAGAUCCCGGCCUCGACCCUCGCGGACGGCACCUCCACACGCAUCGCCGAACACACCGACUUCGGCUCGCUCACCCUGCUCUUCCAAGACUCUACGGGCGGGCUCCAGGUCGAGAAUCAGGACCAGCACGGCACCUUCCACGACGUGAUUUCCUCCGCGAACACAGAUAUCAUCAUCAACAUCGGCGACUCGCUCCAGCGGCUCACCAACGACACUUUCAGGGCUGCGUGCCACCGCGUCACUUACCCCCCAAGUAUAAAAGCCGGCGAUAACAAAGUAAUCCCUGAGCGAUACUCCGUCGCCUACUUUGGCAAGCCGAACAGGGAUGCUUCGCUUCUGCCACUCCAGGAGUUUGUCACUGCUGCUACGCCGUGCCGCUACGAUGAGGAUAUUACGGCUUGGGAAUGGAACAACCGGAGAAUCCAGAGGUUGUUUACGUAA